AUGAAGUUCCUCCCCGUCAUCGCCGGCUUCGCUGCCCUGGCCUCCGCCGCCCCCGCCGAGCUCGACACCCGCGCCUCGUGCACCUUCACCGACGCCAAGACGGCCAUGUCCAAGAAGACCUCCUGCACCGACAUCGUCCUCAACGGCAUCAAGGUCCCCGCCGGCGAGACCCUCGACCUGACCGGCCUGAAAGACGGUACCAAGGUCACCUUCAAGGGCACCACCACCUUCGGCUACAAGGAGUGGGAAGGCCCCCUCAUCGCCGUCGGCGGCAAGAAGGUCACCGUUGUCGGUGCCUCUGGUUCCUUGAUCAACGGCGAGGGCGAGCGCUGGUGGGACGGCAAGGGCGGAAACGGCGGCAAGAAGAAGCCCAAGUUCUUCAAGGUCAAGAUCAACGACGGUUCCAUCACCGACCUCAAGGUCAAGAACACCCCCGCCCACGGUUUCUCCAUCAACGGAGUUACUGGCCUCAAGGUCACCAACGUUGAGUUCAACAACAAGGACGGUGACUCCAAGGGCGGCCACAACACCGACGCUUUCGACGUCGGUCAGUCCACCGACGUGACCAUCUCCGGCGCCAAGGUCUACAACCAGGACGACUGCCUGGCCAUCAACUCCGGCACCAAGAUCACGUUCGAGAACGGUUACUGCUACGGCUCCCACGGCCUGUCCAUCGGAUCCGUCGGCGGCCGCUCCGACAACACCGUCCAGGACAUCAUCAUCCGCGACUCGACCAUUGAGAAGGCCGACAACGGCAUCCGCAUCAAGACCAUCGCCAACAAGACGGGCAAGGUUAAGGGCGUCACCUUUGAGAACAUCACCCUCAAGAACAUCAACAAGAAGGGCAUCGUCAUCCAGCAGGACUACGAGAACGGCAGCCCCACCGGCAAGCCCACCGCCGGCGUCCCCAUCACCGACGUCACCGUCAAGAACGUCAAGGGCACCGUCGCGUCCAAGGGCACCAACGUGUACAUCCUGUGCGCGAAGGGCGCUUGCUCCAACUGGAAGUGGUCCGGCGUCUCCGUCACCGGCGGAAAGAGCUCCAGCGAGUGCUCCGGCAUUCCCUCCGGCUCCGGCGCCAAGUGCUAA